AUGGUUACACGCAAAAACAAAUCGGGAGACGAUGUGGUAAUCAGUGGUAUCUCUGGUCGGUUCCCGCUGUCCAACAACACCGAUGAGUUGGCCCGCAAUCUGUACGAUGGGGUCGAUAUGAUUACGUGCGACGACACGCGUUGGCCGCGAGACACUUAUGGCAUGGAGUCGUCGUUCGGCAAAAUCCACGAUUUCGGUCAAUUCGAUUCGACAUUCUUCGGACUCCCGAAGCAGUUCACCGAAAUGAUUGACCCUCAGGGACGCAUGCUAUUGGAGGUGGUCUACGAGGCCAUUGUCGACGCCGGUGUAAAUCCACAAGAUUUGCGUGGUAGUAAGACGGGUGUAUACGUUGGCGUAUCCCUAUAUCCUAACCUCGAUGGUAACGCCGAUGAAAUUCAACCCGAUUUGGUGCACACUAUACACAAGGCGUCGAUGCAAACGCUGGCCAAUACCAAAUCAAUAUACGCCAGCCGUAUAUCAUUUGUGUUUGAUUUUAAGGGCCCGUCAUUGAUAGUGGACACCGCCUGUUCGGCCAGUAUGACCGCCACUACGCUGGCUAUGAAUGACUUGAGACUCGGCCCGUUUAAAACUGGCGCUCUCAUAGCGCUGAUAUAG